AGAUUCAUUCUUGUCUCCUUCAAUUCUGGCAAUUCUUAUUCAUGAAAAAUAGAGAGACAUGGUGAGAGAGAGUCUAGAAGAGGAUGGGCUCUCAGCAGGCUCUCUGCUUCUCAAAGAAGUCUCAAAUUGGGCUCUCAAUUUUCUGCUGUAUUAUUGGUAUGCAGUUAUUCAAGAUAGUGCCAGAGACCAAGGGGCGAGCAUUAGAAGAACUGCAAGCAUCACUUGCUAAUUUUCUUCAAUGAUUUGGUAUGAGCCAAACACAGGCAGCACUGACAGCAAGACUGACAGAGAGAAGUUCCAUUGUAGUACAUGUCAUUAAUGUCGGUAAAUUACGCAGACCAAAUUGUAUAUCGUAAAUCUCAAUUUUAAUUCUAUUUGAAUAACUGCAUACCAAUAAUACAGCAAAAAAUUGGCAGACAUUAGUACAAGUCGAAUGAAAGUGGUAAUUUUCGAUUAACUAGAUAUUAGUAAAUUUAUUUUUUUGUUGGUAACUUACUGAUACAUUAUUAGGUAAACAGUUACACUAGCCACCUCAUUUUUACCAAUGCUUUUAUAAGUUACCGUCGUAAAUAUAUAUUUUUUUAUUGACCAUGGACAAUCAGUCUGUAUCUUCUUAUAUGGAUCAUCAAAAUUGUGCCAUAGAAUUGGCCCUGAAAUGUCAUGUUGCUUUUACACGUUAAUAGAUUUUUACAAUCAAUCCCAACAGUAGUUCUCUUCUAGAUGUUUAGAGCUAUAAGUACUGAUAUACUCAUUUUGCCUUGUUUCUUUUUCUCCCUUUUCCCGAAUUCUGAGAUGAGAUUCGAACUUGCGACCUGGCUCUCACACAUCAAGAGAGAUGCCCAGUAGCCAGUAGCUGAAGGCGUAGUGGUUCAAAAGUGGGUUAUUCAUCACCAGCUAUGUCAGGUAUAAUGGAGGAUCUGGGACUUUCGGUAGCAGCAUAUUCACUUUUUGGUUCGAUGCUGACAAUUGGAGGACUAGUCGCAGCGUUGCUAAAUGGAACCAUGACAGAUGUGAUUGGUCGAAAGCGUACAAUGUGGCUUUCUCAAGUACUUUGCGCAGCUGGAUGGCUUUCUAUAGCACUCACCAAGAAUGUUUGGUGGCUGGAUGCUGGAAGAGCAUUAGUAGGAUUUGGCGUUGGGGUCACAAGCUAUGUGGUACCUGUAUACAUUGCGGAAAUAACACCUAAAAAUGUUCGGGGAGCAUUUACUUCAUUCAGUCAACCUAUUUUUCUUGAGAUGCAGUGCGUGAGCGCCUGUGGCUUUUCAUUGGCAUACUUUGUUGGAACUAUUGUUUCCUGGCGCACCUUGGCUCUGAUCGGUGGAAUUCCUUGUGUGAUACAAAUUUUCAGUUUAUACUUCAUACCAGAGUCUCCUAGAUGGUUGGUAAAAGUGGGUCGAGAACAGGAGUUUGAAGCUGCCUUACAGAGACUCAGAGGCAAAAGCGCUGAUAUUUCCCAGGAAGCAGCUGACAUCUUGGUCUACACAGAAACUUUUGAAAGGCAAUCUCACUCAAGAUUUCUAGAUGUGUUUCAAAAAAGAUAUGCUCGUUCACUCACAAUUGGACUUGGACUGAUGAUGCUUCAACAGUUUGGUGGAGCCGGUGCUUUCUCGUACUAUGCAAGCUCCAUUUUUGAAUCAGCUGAUUUUUCAAGUAGCAUUGGCACCAGGAGCGUGGCUAUCGUCGUGAUUCCAGCAUUUGCAAUUACUGUAAUCUUGACUGAUAAAGCUGGACGACGACCACUUUUGAUGGUUUCUACUGCUGGAAUGUGCUUGAGCUGUUUAAUAGUAGGAUUGUCAUUUUACAUGCAGGAUCUGCACAUUUGCAAGGAUGCCACUCCAAUUUUGGUUUUCCUGGCUGUAUUGGCAUAUUUUGUAUUUCUCUCAGUUGGCAUGUCGGGACUGCCAUGGGUUCUAAUGUCUGAGAUAUUCCCAGUAAAUGUAAGAGGGAGAGCAGGAAGCAUUGUGUCGUUCGCCCACUGGUCCUGUUCCUGGAUCAUGAGCUACACUUUCAACUUCAUGUUCGAAUGGAGUGCGGCCGGAACAUUUUUCAUAUUCACGGGCAUUUGCGGUUUAGCGAUCCUGUUUACUGCGAAGUUAGUGCCAGAGACCAAAGGGCAAACACUGGAAGAAGUGCAAGCAUCGCUUGUUCAUGUUUCUGCAGUGAGUUAAAGUAAUGCGAUCUCCUGUAAGUCUUAACAACAUUGCAAUUAUGCCUAUUGGGAUGUCAAAAGACUUCUGUAGUAUCAAUAUUUUGUUCCUGAUUGCAAACUGUGAAAUGCCAACAAGUAAAAGGAAGAGCAAAAGCAUUGUGAUCUCCUUUUUCUUUU